CCCUCCGCUGCCGCCUGGUGCCCCCGCCCCGCACCGGCACCGGGGACAGCGGCAGCGGGGACAACGGCAGGCGGCCACCCCCCCUCACCUCCCGCUUCUCACCCGGGGGGGCCCUGGGCCGCCGCGCCCCACCCCCGGCCCCGGCGGGACAACGGCUCUCAGCACACUGCUGCGCUGCUUCUUCCCCUGCGAGCGGCUGUGCGGGGGCUGCACCAUGCCCCCCGCACCCCCGCGGCCCCCCGGGGCCCUGCCACCCGCCGUGCCCCCUGCCCACCGCCACCGGGUCCCCACCACCACUCGUCUGCCUCCUCGGACCUUCCACAGCUACCUGCCACGCUCCCACCGUACCUACAGCUGCGUGCACUGCCGUGCACACCUGGCCAGGCACGAGGAGCUCAUCUCCAAGGUGCCCCCUCUGCACCCGUGUCACCUCCCCGGGUCCCUGGGGUGGCCAUCUUCCCCUCCGCAGCGUCUCUGGGAAAUAUGUCCCCUCUGCAGUGUCCCCUCCAUGAUGUCCCUAGAGUGCCAGGUGUCCCCCUGUGCCCAUACUAUCCCCAGCGUUCCCACGACAGUGAGUGUACCCCCACGGUGGCAUGGUGGUGAUGGAGGAGGGGGUGAGGGAGACACGGGGGACACUGGGGUGAGUCACACUGUGUCCCUACAGUCCUUCCAGGGCAGCCACGGCCGUGCCUACCUGUUCAACUCAGUGGUUAAUGUGGGCUGUGGCCCGGCUGAACAGCGCCUGCUGCUCACUGGGCUCCACUCUGUGGCUGACAUCUUCUGCGAGAGCUGCAAAACCACCCUGGGCUGGAAAUACGAGCAGGCGUUCGAGAGCAGCCAGAAGUACAAGGAGGGGAAGUUCAUCAUCGAGAUGUCGCACAUGGUGAAGGAGAACGGCUGGGACUGAGCAGCAUGGCAGGGACACCGCAGUGGCACCUACCCUGGCAGGCACCUGGCACUGGAGUACUGACAUGGACCUCCCCACUUUGCUUUGCAGUGGGGGCACCCCAUGCCAGCCUGUGCCACCUGCUGGGGUGGAGGCACGGGGCCCGUCACCAGCACACAGAGGCUGCGGGCAGCUUUUCUAGUGGAAUAAAGGCUUUUUGUAGAAAGGUG